AAAAAAAGAAUAAACAAAAUUUGAGGUUUCGAUUUUGCGAUUCGGCGAUUUGCUUCUCCGAUGUCAAUCCCACCAUCUUCAGGUUCUUCUUCUUCAUCUUCCUCGUCUCAGUACACAUACGCAGCUAAUUCUUACUAUUCCGCUCCGUAUCAGCCUCCACAGCCUUACGCGGCGGCGCCUUCGCCUGCUGUACCGGCGCCUGUGGCAUCCAUUCCCGGAGCUACGGUCUAUCCUCAGCCUGUUGGACCGGUUCCUGCCGUCUACGCUUACCCUCAGUACCAACAGGCACAUCAAUUGUUCCAAAGAGAUGCACAGACAAUUACACCAGAAGCUCUUGAGAAUGUAAAAGCUGCUUUGGCAAGUAGUGAAACCGAACACAAAGCAGAAACUAAAAAGAGAGCCAUUCCUCGUAAAGCUGCUGGACAGUCUUGGGAGGAUCCUACUCUUUCAGAAUGGCCAGAAAAUGACUAUCGUCUGUUCUGUGGUGAUCUUGGGAACGAAGUGAAUGAUGAUGUUCUUUCCAAAGCAUUUGCUAGAUUCCCCACCUUCAAUAUGGCCAAGGUAACUGUGUAUAUCUCUCCUCCUUUUCGGCUUUAGUGAUUAUUCAUAUCUGGUUUCCUAUGAACAUAUAUUUGAGAACAUUAGUCAUGUGAUUGUAGUCAACUGUGAUGCAUUUGCAAACCAAAACACAUAGUAUGUUCAGAACAGAGCAUGGUUGACCUUAGAUCAUACGGAUCAUUCUUACUCGAAUCACAAAGAUAAGUAUUCAGUGUUAGUUUUGUGGUCAAACUCGUACCAGAAAAAUAAGAGUCUUAUUUACCAUGACAGGUCAUUAGAGAUAAGCGGACUGGUAAAACCAAGGGUUAUGGGUUUGUGAGUUUCUUAAAUCCUGCGGAUCUAGCAGCAGCCUUAAAAGAAAUGAAUGGUAAGUAUGUUGGAAAUCGUCCGAUAAAACUACGAAAGAGUAGCUGGAAAGAGAGAACAGAUCAGGAGGCUGCUGAAAGACAAAAGCAUCACAGCAAUAAGAAGCAAAAAACUGUGAAGAAGAGCAUACUUCACAAGUGACGAUCUCUUUUAUUUUUGUGGCUUAAAAUUUCCAAACCUGUUACUCAUAAAUAUAAAUGAACAAACAUUAUCAUUAGUUUUGUUGAAAACGGUAUGGUUAUGUAUUGUUGGGCUGCUAUGUUUAGCUUUAGCCCCAACCGGUGGUAUUUACUUUAUGAAAACGUGUGUCCACAAUAGGCUCGAGCACAAACUUUUCUUACAUCUUUUUCACUCCAUUAAAACGUUCAAGUGGUCUGAGCAUAUUACAAGAAAAUCAAUAUUACUAUUUAAGGAUCGAUUAUAAGAAAGAAGAUGUAUACUAUC